AUGCCGCUCGCCAUCGUCGUUGGAUUUCUUCUUCUUAAAGUCCAACAUCUGGGUAUCCCCAAUCCCAUUCAGAAAGAUGCCAAGGAUUUGGAAACCUUCACACCGCUGAAGAUUCCACUGCCACCAGCACAUUAUCAGCAAAUGCUCAAAUGCUUACGGCUCCCACUGCACGCCGUCGAAUUGACCACCUUUCUUGGACCUCUCUUCUGGUACAGAUAUGUUCUUCUUGAAGACGAUGAUCCUCACCUUCAGAUGGUCUUUGGAAAGCAUGAUAGCCGUAAGAAGACUGGAACCCGCGGCUGGGAACUGAUUCUAUCAUAUUCUUUCAAGCGGCGCGAGACCACAGGCUUCGUCAAAUGGACACCUACCGCCGAUAUCGUUGAGUGCUUGUCCAAUUUGCGAGAUUGUGUUCUUGACAUAUGCCAUCCACUUCUCAUCCCCAGCAUCAUCAUGUCUGAUCUCGUAGCGACAUCUGACGAAGUGAAACAACGAGAAGCCCGAACUAGCAUUCGACAACUAGAAAAAGCAAUCAGUGUCAAUGACGAUACAACAGGCUUUUACUACUCAAAGGACGGCACCAUCGACUUGCGCACAGUCGCAAGUGAUCUCACAGAACACCACAGAAGAAUUCUUCAUAGACCACCCAAACUUUACUCCAAGGUCAUUGAUGCUUUGGAAGCUGACACAGAUUGCUUCUGGGCACAUAUCGACCCUACUGAUAAGACCAAAGCGUUGGAUCGGCUCCAUGCGACUUUGAAGGACCGUUUUCAUUGUCACAGAGUUUCUUUCAUUACGGCCGAAAUUGCACAGAAGGAUGCGAAAUUGAACCUCAAGAUAGCAGGAGAUCAGAGAAAGAUAGCUCAUGCUAGUAAGAGCGAUAGUCAGGCAAUGAAGGCCCUUUCUCUUCUCGGUGCUGCUUUUCUGCCUGGCACAUUCAUCGCCUCCAUUUUCAGCAUGUCAUUUUUCGACUUCCAGACUCGUUAG